UAAAAGGUGACUUAUUGUCUGAUUUCAUUAGUUUGUGUACAGACGUCUAGAAACCGCGCACAAUGGCUUACGUCGGUAAAGUUUACACGUUCGACAGGCACGAGAACUUCGACAAGUACCUUAAGCACAUGGGUGUCACUGAUGAGGAGGUGAUUCAGAAAUACGCGCAGAUGAAGGCCACCGCCGAAUUGAAGAAGGAGGGAAACAAGUACAGAUACAUCACUAACUCCGUCAAUGGCAAAAAUGAAGUCGUGUUCGAGUCUGGCGUAGAGGUCGAAGAUUUAGGCCUGGGUGGUGUUCCGGUCAAGUGCGUGUACACAGUCUACGGUAACACAGUGAUACAGGUUGGCAACACCGGCAAAGGAAUUGGCACCAUAAUAAGAGAGUUCAGCGAAGACCUCCUCAAAAUGACAAUGACCCUUUCAUCGUGGGACGGCGUCGCAUACAGAUACUACAAGGCUUAAUUUAAUUGUUAUAAUUUAAUUAUUUAAUUUAUUGAUUGUUAUGAUAAAUAUAUAAUUUACCAGUUAUUUUUAAAA